AAAGAAUCUCCACACACAUUUUCUGCUUUCAUAACUUUCUUAGAUGAAACGCACAAUCUACUACUCUCUUAUAAAUUAAAGCCAAAGAAGCAUCUCUCUUGCUCGUUGACUCUCUUAUGGCGAUGGCUUCACUAACAACUUCUUCUAUAGCUCUCCUCAAUAAGCCUUUUCUACCUAACCGCUCUUCUUCCCUCUCCUCCUCUACCUUACACUCUCGUCUUUACCGAUUCUCUUCUCCUCCUUCUUCUUUUCGUUCUCGUUUCACAUCUGCCUCCAUACGCGCCGUUGCUCUUGAACCGGAACUAAAUGAAACUCCAAGUUCAGACAAGAAAGAAACUGAAACUGUGGAGACACAAGUCUUCGCGUGUCCUGUUUGUUACGAACCGCUUAUGAGGAAAGGACCUUCAGGUAUUAACCUACAAGCAAUCUACAGGUCUGGUUUCAAGUGUGGACAGUGUAACAAGACAUACUCUAGCAAAGAUGAAUACCUGGAUCUAACUGUUACUGCUGGUUUUGAUUCUUUCAAUGAAGUCAAACCCAUUACAACAGAACUCUUUCGGAGUCCAUUAGUAUCAUUCUUGUAUGAAAGAGGUUGGAGACAGAACUUUGCUCGAAGCGGUUUUCCUGGUCCAGAUGAAGAGUUUAGAAUGGCUGAGGAGUACUUCAAAGAAGCAGAAGGUGGAGUUCUUGUGGACGUUAGCUGUGGAAGCGGUUUGUUCUCAAGGAAAUUCGCAAAGUCUGGCAAAUACUCUGGCGUCAUUGCUCUAGACUACUCCGAAAACAUGCUUCGUCAGUGUAAUGAGUUCAUCAAGAAGGACACUACCUUCGAUAGCUCGACUAACAUAGCUGUUGUGCGAGCAGACGUGUCUCGCCUCCCUUUCGCUUCAGGUUCUGUUGAUGCAGUUCAUGCUGGUGCUGCAUUGCACUGUUGGCCUUCUCCUACAAAUGCUAUUGCUGAGAUUUGUCGUGUUCUAAGAAGUGGAGGUGUUUUUGUUGGGACAACGUUUCUAAGAUACAGUCCUUCAACUCCAUGGAUUAUCAGACCUUUUCAAUCGAGGAUUCUGCAGAACUACAAUUACUUGAUGCAGGAUGAGAUCAAGGAUGUGUGUACAACAUGUGGUCUCACAGAUUAUGAAGAUAUUGUUCAGGAUUCUUUUAUAAUGUUUACUGCUAGGAAGCCAUAGAGAUAUGUUCUUUGCUACCUAUUCAUGUAACUUGUAUAGACACAUAAACAAAAGUUGUUAUAGUAAUAAAGAGGAACAUGGUAUAUAAAACUUGCAGAGGAUGGGAGUA